UUGCUUCGCUGCUCGCAGGGGUCGGUUCCGCGUGUCGGCUGCCAUUCGUUUUCCUAACGACUUGGUGGCUGUCAGUGGGGCCUGGGAAAGAUGUGGCCCGUUGUAAUCUCAGCAAGUGGUCAUUUAAAAUCAAAAUACUUCGGAGCCUGUUUGGAAAUAGUACAUUGUGAGACCCCACGCUCCAUUGUAUAGACUUCCUGUAACAUGCGAGCUUGCACUAUGCUGGGAAAGAGCAGAGAUUUACAGGUGGUCAUAUCUGUCUUUACUGUUGGAGGUGUGGCUCUUAGGGCACAGUCAGAGUCAUUGCCGUGGAUUCAGUGGGAGCAGAGACACCUUCCAUGUCAGUGAACAUGUAGAAAAGGGACUGUUUGGACUAAGCCUACAAACUGCCUACUUACAAAUCCCAAAAGCAGUGUGACUAGGCACAUACCAAGAGGGAAAAACAUGGCAAAUUACUGUUGUAGCUGAAAAUUAGUUGGCUGUCCAAAUAAAGUUUAGAGCAUCUCCAAAUUAUUGCAGGAGUGGCCUGACCUGGAGGACCUUUCCUUCUUGUGACAAGAAAUAAGUCUUUCAGAUGAACCAGGCUGUCUGUAGAUGUCCAGAAGGAUCAUACAGGAUCACUUUAUUUUGCUUAAAUGAUUGCCAUAUGCAAUGGACACUGAUCUCAGUUCUCAGGACAGGAAGGACCUGGACAAGUUCAUCAAAUUUUUUGCUUUAAAGACAGUACAAGUAAUUGUCCAGGCCCGACUUGGAGAGAAAAUCUGUACCCGCUCAUCAUCCUCCCCAACAGGUUCUGACUGGUUCAAUUUGGCAAUCAAAGAUAUACCAGAGGUUACUCAUGAAGCAAAGAAAGCCCUGGCAGGACAGCUGCCCGCUGUUGGACGGUCUAUGUGCGUGGAGAUUUCUCUCAAAACGUCAGAGGGGGACUCCAUGGAGCUGGAAAUUUGGUGUCUAGAAAUGAAUGAAAAGUGUGACAAAGAAAUCAAAGUUUCAUACACUGUAUACAACAGGCUGUCUCUACUGCUGAAGUCUUUGCUUGCUAUAACCAGAGUAACUCCAGCCUACAGACUCUCAAGGAAACAAGGCCAUGAAUAUGUAAUAUUGUACAGGAUAUAUUUUGGUGAAGUCCAGUUGAGUGGCUUGGGAGAAGGUUUUCAGACAGUCCGUGUUGGGACAGUGGGUACCCCAGUGGGCACCAUCACUUUGUCUUGUGCCUACAGAAUCAACCUUGCUUUCAUGUCAACCAGGCAGUUUGAGAGGACCCCUCCUAUCAUGGGGAUUAUAAUUGAUCACUUUGUGGACCGUCCCUAUCCCAGCUCUUCACCCAUGCAUCCCUGCAAUUACAGAGCUGGUGAGGACAAUGGUGCAGUGUACCCCUCUGUAGAGGAUUCCCAAGAAGUGUGUACCACAUCUUUUUCCACCUCUCCUCCAUCUCAGUGUGUUUUUACUGUCACAAAGGCACAUUUUCAGACCCCUCCUCCUGUGGUGACGGACACCUUGAAGGUCCCAGUGAUGGGACUGGCCUUUUCACAUCAACUUUCCAGCUCUCGUCUUUCCUAUCAGCCUGCUGCCCUGGGAGUUGGAUCAGCUGACAUGGGGUAUCCUGUACUCUUUGCUGGUGGCUUGAAUGCUGCACACCCUCACCAGUUGAUUGGUCCAGGCAAAGAAGGGGGAGUUCCCCCAGUUCCUAGCCAGCCAGCACAUGCCACUCAAGCUGAUCAAGAGAGGAUGUGCACCCCACUGGAUGGAGUCCAUUACUCAGCAGCUACUCCUUCUAGCAGUGAGGACACAGAAACAGUAUCCAACAGCAGUGAAGGAAAGUGUGGCUCCCCACAUGACCUUUUGGAGACCAUCUUUAUCCGGAAGGUGGGAGCUUUUGUCAACAAACCCAUUAACCAGGUGACCAUGGCCAACUUAGACAUUCCUUUUGCCAUGUUUGCUCCCAAGAAUGUUGAGCUGGAAGAUAACGACCCCAUGGUCAAUCCUCCUGAAUCCCCAGAAACGGAAUCUCCUCUACAAGGCAGCUUACACUCGGAGGGCUCCAGUGGCAGCAGCACAGGGAACACCCAUGAUGACUUUGUUAUGAUCGACUUUAAACCAGCAUUUUCAAAAGAUGACAUUCUUCCAAUGGACCUGGGGACAUUUUACCGUGAAUUUCAGAACCCCCCUCAACUCAGCAGCCUCUCCAUUGACAUUGGAGCACAGUCCAUGGCAGAGGAUUUGCUGCUGAGGAUUGCACAAGGUGAGGCCCCAGUGCACCUCCUGUUCCUGCAGAACAAACAGACUCUGGGCAGAGUGCCCUUCUCAGGGUCAUUUGCUGGAUGCUGCCAGAGGGCUCCUGGUUUUGUGCACGUAGAAAGGACUCGUUACCAGAGAAGCUGGCAGUCCAUGAGAAAAAUGUUAAAGAAUUUGAUGCUUUUGUGGAAACCUUGCAGUGAAGCUGUUUCCCAGUUCUGCUGCAGCAAUUCUUCUUCCUCAAGCAUCCUGGAGAUGACAUCAACAAAUAUCUCUUUCGCUCCUGCUCUGCGUUUUGUUCACAUUGACUAGUUCCUUCCAUCAAGUGAGCUUUCUUUUCUCUCUUCAAUGACAGAUACGGCUCGUCUGCUGAUUCUCCUCAACUUUUCCACCACAUAGUUCAGGACUGCUUUUCCUGCUCACAGUCAGUUUUAAGACUUCGGUAGGGAUACAGGAAGUCAAACUCCAAUGUAUGGAAACUUAUUUUCUCCUCAGUCUGUGUUCUGUAUGGAGGGGCUUUGUGGAAAGUUGCCAUAUGCUUCCUCCAAGAGUCCUAUGGUGUAAAUUCCCUAGGUAGAGCUUCUUGCUAACAGACUUUUUCCUACAGUCUCUGAUCCUGUUAGAGCAUAGAAAGCUUUGGUUUAUUUCCAGGGUCUGUGAGUUCAGCUAAUUCGGCUGCUUGAAGUCUAGGAUAUCCAUUCCACAGAACUGGGCAUUUCAUCCUGACUUCAGACUGCAUGCUUGGACCCCAGAGAGAGAUGUCAGCUUUGGGACCUGCAUAGUAUAAGUUACCUUUGUUUUCCUGCUUCUAAGGAAUUUGGUCUCUACACAGUGAUUUUGUGCAAGGCACUCUGUUAGGUGGCUGAUAAGCAGGAGUGAAACUACAGGAGUGCUUUCCACACUUCCUUCCCGAGUGUACUGACACUCGGCCAUGCUGAGUUUUAACAGUGUUGACUAUUGGCAAGCCUGCAUUUAGCAGCUGUGAUGAUGCUGAAUUCAUAGCCUCUGCUUCUAAAACAUAACUGUAAAUACUAGGAAUCCUAUUUCUUUAGGGUUAUGUAACUAGGAGUCUUAGUCCAAGAUUUUUUUCCUCUAAUCCUUGCAAGCCUUCCUGCUUUAUGGUUAAUAGAUGAUCUUAAGAAUUAAAAAAUAUUUAUUGCUUUUAAAGAAACCUAUAUUUAAAAGAUGUUCUGUUUUCAUGUUAUAGUGCAGGUCAUUCUGUUCUGAUCACUGCAGAGAGCAAGUGUGCCAUGGAAUCCUGGCCAGUGAGAUUGGUCUCUCUUUGCAGGAAAAUAUCCAAAAUAUUUAUUUUCUGAAACAGAUUUGAUUAAUAUUAUACUCUGUUUUGGGGACUCUGUGUCCAUUGCAUCCAGUCAGGGCUCACUGAUACAAUGAAAUGCACACAUCAGUGGCAGGGACUUCGUAAAAAGCUGUUUUCUGAAAGGCAUGGAUGAAUUUGUAGUGUUCUUUGGCCAUUCAGAAAGCAGCUUCUUUAAAGAAGCACACUUUUUUGGGAAGCUUAUGGUACUUUUUAAUCAGCGGGCUUUUUGAGUAGCUGAAAUUUUAUUUUUGUAAGAAUCCGGCCAUAGACAUUGUGACUGGCUGGCAUUGCUCUGUGGGCAAUUUGGCUGUUGUAAGUCUUCUGCCUCAUGUAAGGGUGGGAGGAGAAACAGUGAUACUAAACAGAAACUUGGAUAAGGUGGGUUUUCUUAUGGUUCUCUCUCCUCCUCCCCUGUGUAACUAGAGUGAGCAACUGCACGACCCCUUACUGUCCAAAACCAUUUUUUUUUCCCCUUAAGUGGAGCUGUGUUGCUCGAGUACUGAGAAAUCAUCUUCAUUUCCUCAGAAUGGCUGUGUAACCAGCCUUCUAGGUGGUGCAAUGUGGCAGCUUCUUCAGCUUAGCUGCAUUCAUAGUUGGAAGAGAUUGCCUGCAGCUGAUGGGGGAGCCCAAACUCCACUCUGGAACACUAUUUCUGUGUCACUGCUGGAGCAUGGAGCCAAAUUCAGAACAGAUCUUACUGUAAGGCCAGAGCAAUGCAAUGCUUUGAACUUCAUGAGAUUUUUUUGUUGAGAGAUGUGUUUGGUGGGAGGCCUUUUAAGUUCUAAAACUCCAGGUAAGAGUUUCAUUGAAGGAAAGUUACCCACCAGAACCUUUUUAUUUUACUCAACCAAUUCAACUUUUUAGCAGCCUCACAUGGAAAAUGCUUUGUCCAUGCAAAGUAAGAUGCACGAACAUUUAAGAAAGCUUCCAAGAUGAAAGUUUGUAACGCAGCUUUAGUAAGAUGGGCUGUAACAAAUACUUGAUCCCCAUCCAAGAGCCACCUUGUUUCACAGGUGGAAAGGGUCGCAGAAGGGUGCAGGAACACAAGGAAUUAAUGGAUCAAUUGCCUCUCACCUGUUUUCAGGAAGUUGGUCCACCACUUUGUAGGAAGUAGCUGAUAGACAGGUGGUUGUCACCUUUAGUCACUUAAAAGUCACACUUUCUGGGCUGCAGAGCAGCAGAGAUGAGGUGAAGUGCUGGUUCACACCAUAUGAAUAGAGAAAAAUUGAGGUUAAACUUCCUCUAGCCAGCACUCCUGCUGUGCUCUUCUGCUGACGAGUUGUGGAGCUGGCAUGAAGCACUGCCAUUCUUGUUAAUCCCAUCCAGGAGGUCAGGGCUUGUACUUGUGCUCCUUUAUUGAUGGAGUUCCUAACAUGGCUACAGCUCUCAGCUCAUAAGGCAGAAUGGCACUGUAGCACAUUUUCUUCUCUUCAAAAGGCUGGAAAAUUGCCUAUUUAAGCUGCUAGUGUUGAGCUGGAUGGUCAUAGCAAUAAGAUUCUCCAGGGCUGAGUUUACCUGCCUCUAGUCUGGACAGCCCUCAAUUUCAACACACAAUUGCUACAUCUAGGCUCCGAGUUCCCUGGCCACUGCACAAAUGUUCUGCUUCAGUAAAGAUCUAGCUGCUGUGGCCUGCCACAGAUUGUGUUAUGAAGGCUGUUUAUUUUAGCAGCUCUCUGCUCAACUCAAUAUUAAGGACAUUAAGUAUGUAGCUGCUGAUUUACAGAUACUUUGGGUGGAGGGGAAGGCUCCUCAAGUGUAUUGUUUUGGAAAGUCUCCAGUGUACUUCAAGUAUUCAAAGAAUUUCCAAUAAAACUUUUAUGUAAGCAACA